AUGCUCAAAAACAACUACCAGUUCCGUAUAAGUGGAACCGGAGUGACCGAGGAACCGAUGGGCGUGUUCUCCAUUGGCAACAAGGACGGAGUGGUUUAUGUAUACAAGGCCAUUGACAGGGAGACAUACCCCUUCUUUCACAUUAAUUUUGACAUCAUGGACAAGGAGACUGGUAAUCUCGUGGACAGUACUCUGGGGUUCGACGUGGCGAUUAAGGACAUCAAUGACAAUGCGCCUUACUUUGAGAACCUUAUCACGAAAGCCAGUGUGAAAGAAAGUUUACCAGAGGGCUAUCUGCCAGUGCCUCUGACAGUCAGGGACAGGGAUGAGGCGAACACAGAAAACUCCACCAUCAGUUUACGGGUGUUGUCUCAGGAGCCAGCUGAGCCCCAGAUCAACCUGAAGCAGGUGGAGGGCACCAAGAUGAGCCAGCUCACCUUCACCGGCUGCUUCGACUAUGACAAAGUAAAGAUGUAUAAAGUGGUUGUUGAAGCUAAGGAUCAUGGGAAACCAGCCCUGUCCUCAACUGCAGUGGUCAACCUCCACAUAAUGGACUCCAACACUCACCAGCCAGUGUUCAAAAACAAGACUUACAAUACUCAGGUUAUGGAGAUGGAGUCCAAUAGGGAGAUACUCCGAGUGGCUGUGACUGACGCAGACACCCCCAACACCCCCGCAUGGCGGGCCGUUUACUCCAUUGUGAAGGGGAACGAGGAAGGGAACUAUAAGAUUGAGACCGACCCCAAGACCAACGAAGGUAUACUGACUGUCAUCAAGGGGAAGGAUUUUGAGAAGACGACGGUGACCAACGUGGAGAUCGCCGUGGAGAACGAGGAGCCUCUGUUUGUGUGUGGCUCAGGAGGGCCCAACUCCCCCAAAACCCUGACCGCGCUCCCCCAGAGAGUGAAUGUGGCGGUGGAGGUGAUUGACGUGAACGACCCCCCGGAGUUUGACAAAAAGGUGGUAGACGUGUACGUGAAGGAGGAGGAGGUGACAGGGAAGGUGCUGUACACGCCCAAGGUCACCGACGUUGACUCAGAUGUGGGAAAAAUCAGGUAUGAGUUAGUUGAGGACCCAGCAGGCUGGGUCACCAUAGAUAACAAGACAGGAGCGGUUACUACAGUGAAGAAGAUGGACCGGGAGUCACCUCACGUCAACAAAGACAACAUAUACACUAUCCAAAUCCAUGCCAUAGAUGACGGCAAACCUCCUGCCACAGCUACAGGCACCAUUCUGGUUCACCUGGGGGAUAUCAAUGAUAACAUACCCUCUUUGGUGGAGAAGGAGCUGGUCAUGUGUGGUAACAAAGUGAUUGUGCCAGUAGAAGACAAGGACAAACCUCCCUUUGGAUGCCCCUGUUCCUUCUCCUUGGGAGUGGACAAUGGAGACAAAACACUGAAGAGCCACUGGAAACUGGACCCUGCCAAUGGUAUGGAGGCGGGUCUGGUCAGUCUGAAGACCCUGCCGUACGGUAACUACACGGUGCCUCUGGUGAUCCUCGACCAGCAAGGCGAGGAGGCACAUGACAUUGUCCAGGUGAUAGUGUGUGACUGUGGGAAAGAAGACAAGUGUAGGGCUUCUCUACCCCGGAGCUCCAGCCUGGGCUCUGCCGCUAUAGGACUACUGCUGGCUGGACUGCUGCUCCUCUUACUGCUACUGCUUUUCCUCCUGCUGUGUGAGUGUGGCGGUAAGAAGUUCACACACCUCCCCCUCAACCUGCAAGAAGAGGGCAACCAGACUCUCAUCAACUACAACGAGGAGGCUGGGGGCAGUGCAUGCAAGGGUGAGUCCAUGUUGAUCCUGACCCCCACCGCUCCUAACAGGGAAGUGAUAGAUGGAAUGAAGCAGACCACCCCAGGCAUACCGGUCACCCAGGUGUCCUCGUCAGGAGAGGGAGGGUUCUCAGGAGGGGGAACAUUCCAGAGAAUGUGCGAGGCCAACGGAACUCUGAGAAGCCAGGGUGGGCGGGGCAUGUACCAGACUACAAGCAUGAACAAUACCAUGAGGAGUAACUCUUCGAGGUAUUCCCGUUCCUUCGGCUUGCUGUCGAACCAGCACAUCUCAGAGCACAUAGACCGGAAGCUGCAUAUGAUUGGAGACGAGGUGGACUACCAACCUUACGGGUAUGGAUACGAGGGGACAGGCAGCAAGUGCCAGUCGCUGGACGAGCUGUCGCUAAACAAACUGGAUGACAACCUGGAGUUCCUGGGGGACCUGGGGUCAAAAUUCAACACCCUGGGGGGCAUCUGUCAGCAGGACAUGCAGGAGAGGAACAUCAGGCUGUAG